AUGAUCAGCAGUAGAAGCUGUAGUAGCAGUAGCAGUAGAAGCAGCAGUAAAAUCAGUAGCAGUAACUACAUAAGCUACAUUAAAAGCAGUAGCAGUAACUACAUAAGCUACAUUAAAAGCAGUAGCAGUAACUUCAUAAGCUACAUUAAAAGCAGUAGCAGUAACUACAUAAGCUACAUUAAAAGCAGUAGCAGUAACUUCAUAAGCUUCAUUAAAAGCAGUAGUAGCAGUAACAGUAGUAGUAGCAGUUACAGUAGUAGUAGCAGUAACAGUAGUAGUAGCAGUUACAGUAGUAGUAGCAGUUACAGUAGUAGUAGCAGUAGCAGUAGCAGCAGUGAAAGCAGUAGCAGUAGUGAAAGCAGUAGCAGCAGUAAUAGCAGUAGUAACAGUAAAAGUACUAGCAGUAACAGUAGUAGUAGCAGUAGAAUCAGCAGAAGCAACAUUCAUAUCAUCAGUAGUAGGACACAAGAAUGA